UUAAAACCUUUAUAUCCAAUACGUUUGGGACAACAUAAGAAAAGAAACAUCAAAGUUGAAACAGCAGGGAGAUUAGCAACUCAAAUUUAAAGUCCUUACUUAGAUUACACAGAUAUGGAGGUUGCUGUGGAACUAGAAGAUGAUCUAUUUUUUGCUGACUUGAGCAAGCAAAUUUCUCUCCUAAUUUUGGAUGAAGAUGAAGACCCCCUUGCUUGUUUCCCUAAACACUCACUUCAGUCUUUCUCUGGAGCAAUCCAUCCUCCUCCACAGUCUGCUUUAUUUUAUGAGCAGGCUUAUUUGAGAAGACAAAGCAAAGGAACAGGCGUGUUUAUUCCCCAGUCAACACAGCCAAGAAGGAAGAACAGAAAAGGAAGAUCCAGUUCAUACGCAAAAUAUCAGAAGCAGUCUCAAGAUACAAGAAUGGUUUCUCAAGUUCCUAUAAAAAAUUCUCUCGAACCGAGAAAGGGCUGAGGAUAUAUAUAUAUAUAAGAACAGAAUCCGUUUACAAAUUUUUUUGGCAAUUACACUAAUGUAGGACCGGUCGUACACUUUGUGAUUAAUGUAGGACCGAUCCUACAUAGUCUAGUUUGUAAACAAAAAAGUUUGUAAAUAUAACCUGCCCCAUAUAUAUAUAUCCUUAUGCAAAACAGCAUUGCUUUACAAAGUUCUACUGAUUAAUCACUUUGCCAACUUAAAAUUAUUUAUGGGUCUAAUUAAUUCUUUAGUAUUUAGGCAAUAAUUCUAUGGUUAAUUUCAAGGAUUUAUAUAUAAUAGAUCAUUAUGUACAUGGGAAUGCCAUUUAUAAUUUUAAGUCUAUUAUAGCAAGGUUUUGUAACCCUUCGCCCAUGUGGAGAAGCACGAUUCGUUGCUCUCUGGUUUAGAUUGUAUUUCUUUCGAAUUUGCUUUAUGUUUUCCUAUGUAUAUCCACUUAAUUUGUACGACCAUUAUGUAUUUUGUAAGAUGGAAAUUCGAAGAAACAUCAAAUCAAAUCACUCA